AUGCGACACACACGAGCGAGAUGCGUGGCUCGGUCACAGAAGAAGGACGAGCAAGAACACCCUUUGUACAGCGAGCUGAUGGAAACUGAAACUGACGAAGAUGCAAUCUCCACAGACGACGAGGACUUCGCUUGGGUUCAGAGCGACGUGGAAAGCAGAACAGUGGAAGACGAAGAGAGUUUCUUGCCUCCGCUUUUUUCAUCGCUUCUCCGGAAAAGCAACGCAAUUUUGUGGGUGUCUGUGGCAGCUUCUCUCCUCUAUUACACGAAUUUUGUGUUCGUUGCUGCAACGUGCGAUGCCGUCUACAGGAUUCCGAUGUACCUGAGUCUGUGUGGAUUCGGGCUCGUUUUUGUGGCUGCUUUUUAUGUCGGCGUUUGCCGGCCGUUCCUUGUUGCCGAGGAAGGUGAAGAGGACGACUUGCUUCCAAGGUGUAUCUUCGCCUUCUGGAAUGUCUGGCCGUUCCUUAUUGUUUUUAUGAUGAUCUCCUUUUCCUUGGGGUUGACGCACACUGGAGAGCUGCUCCCCGGAGGAGUUCUCGGCGGCCUCCUGAUGUACGCGGUCCUCGGACUGUGCCUCGCGUCGCCGCUCCUCAUUCAACACAAAGGCUUGGCUCAUAGGCCUGAAGUGUGUUGA